AUGUUUGAAUUUCGGUUUUGUUUUCCGAAGGCCUCGGUAAGUUGCUGUAUUUACCAUAUUUCUAGAGGUAUUUAUAUUACAAUUCAAGAUAGAGGGCAUAUUUUUACUUUACUAAAAAAUUGGCCUGCCGAUACAAUUAAGACUGUAGUUAUGACUGAUGGCGAACGUAUAUUGGGUUUCGGAGAUAUGGGCGCUAAUGGAAUGGCUAUUCCUCUAAGCAAGGCUGUUCUGUACACUGCCUUAGGAGGCUUACAACCUUAUCAUUGCCUACCUGUGAUGUUGGAUGUUGGUACGAACAAUGAAAAGCUUCUGGAGGAUGAGUUUUAUGUUGGUCUUCGUCGGAAACGGGCCACCGGAGAAGAGUAUAUUUCUUUCAUGGAUGAAGUUGUGGAGUCAUUGUCUGCUCAUUAUGGACCAAAUGUUUGUCUGCAUUUUGCAGACUUCAAGAAUUCAAAUGCUUUUCAACUUUUAGAGAGAUAUCGUUCGAAUUACAUAACAUUCAAUGAUGACAUACAAGGUUCUGCUGUGGUUAUUGUAUCAGGUCUAAUGACUGCAUCCAGAGUGACACAAAAGAAAAUAUCUCAGAACAGUUAUCUCUUUUAUGGUGGUGGGGGAGCUUCUAUCGGUAUAGCACGUUUGUUAGUACAAGCAAUUAUGGAGGAAGGUUUCUCUGAAGAUGAAGCUAAAUCACGUAUUUUUAUAAUGGAUUCUAAAGGUUUAAUUGUCACAAGUCAUGAACUUAGUGCAGCAAAAUCAGAAUUCGCUCGUUCUGAUUAUCCUAAAAUAGAUUCACUUUUGGAAGCUAUUCGAUUAAUUCGACCUUCUGUUUUAAUUGGUGCUUCUGGACAAAGUGGAGCAUUCACGCGUGAUAUUCUUCGUGAACUGUCAACAAUCCAUAAGACUCCUAUCAUAUUUGUCCUAAGCAAUCAAUCAAAUCUAGGCGAAUGCACUUCCCAGAUGGCUUAUAAGGCUACAGAAUGGAGAUGUAUAUUUGUCAGUGGUUCUUCUUCAGAACCUGUUCGAACACCAGAUGAUCGUUUAUUAAAACCGAGUCAAGGAAACAACUGCUAUGUUUUUCCAAGUUUGGUUAACGCAUUAUCAUUGGCUGUCAUUCGUCCGCUAACUUAUAAAUUGCUAUUGACUGCAGCAAAGAAACUAUCUGAAUUAGUUACAGACGAUGAUAUACGUCAAGGUAGUAUGUAUCCAUCAAUUGCUAGAUUGCCAACAAUUACAAAAGAAGUCUCUUGCGCUAUUAUGGAACAAGCAUACAAGGAUAAAAUUGCAUUUUUUACUCCGGAACCAUAUAAUAAAAUGGAAUUUAUUGAAUCUUACUAUUAUGAUCAUAGAUAUAUUAAUUUUACACCCGACCAAUAUGUUUGGUAG